CAAACUCACAUCGCAGUAGAAUGCGGAUUUCGAAGCUAAUAAGAAUAGCUAGCUAGUAAGCUAAAAACAACGGUCUGGUUGUUAUACUUCAAACGGAGAAAAUGUCCAAAACACACUCACAACCUCCGUUAUCUUCGGCAGCGACGACGACCGGAGGACCCUCCUCCUCCUCGUCGUCUUCGCCCGCUGGGGGCUCGACAUCUCCCGCAACCGUAUUGAACGUGCAGCCAGAGAAACCUCAACAUUACACAUAUCUGAAGGAGUUCAGAACAGAGCAAUGCCCCCUGUUUGUACAGCAUAAAUGUACACAACACAGGCCCUUUUCCUGUUUCCAUUGGCACUUCCUGAACCAAAGGCGCCGUAGGCCUAUACGCAGACGAGAUGGCACCUUCAACUACAGCCCAGAUGUUUACUGUACCAAAUAUGAUGAAGGAACUGGCACCUGUCCUGAUGGGGAUGAAUGCCCAUUUCUACAUCGCACAGCAGGUGACACAGAGCGCAGAUACCACCUCCGCUACUACAAGACUGGAUCAUGUAUCCACGAAACAGAUGCAAAAGGCCACUGCAGCAAAAAUGGCUCCCACUGUGCCUUCGCCCACGGGUCACAUGACCUUCGCAGCCCUGUUUAUGAUAUCAGAGAGGUGCAGGUUAUGGAGUCUCAGGGGGGCCCAGGAGCCACAGAGGGAGGAGGGGGUGAUGGACAGUCAGGACAGGCAGCAAGUACAGCCCUCAUAGAGAAAAUCCUCAGUGAAGAGCCACGCUGGCAAGACAACAACUAUGUGCUGUCCCACUAUAAGACUGAACUCUGCAAGAAACCACCCCGUCUGUGUCGUCAGGGCUAUGCGUGUCCAUACUACCAUAACAGCAAAGACCGAAGGCGCAGCCCACACAAACACAAAUACAGAGCGUUGCCGUGUCCUGCUGUGAAACAGAGUGAAGAAUGGGGCGAUCCCAGUAAAUGUGAGGGAGCAGAGGGAUGUCAGUACUGCCACACAAGAACAGAGCAACAGUUCCACCCAGAGAUUUAUAAAUCCACCAAGUGUAAUGACAUGCAGCAGUGCGGCAGCUGUCCCAGAGGGCCUUUCUGUGCCUUUGCUCAUGUUGAAAAGCCCUUUGUUCCAGAAGAACCAUCAUUCCCCACACCAAGCUCCCCUCCACCCCCUAGACCUCCAGACCCUCUACCUGCCCAGGAAGCUUCAUCAAGCCCCAGCAGACACAGCAUGGGGCCUGGGCCCGGUUUGGGUGCCAUUUCAGACCCUUUCUCCCCAUCUGCAGUAUCUUGUGUUGCAGAGCAAGGACUUCUAGGAAGUGUUUUGUCUCUGUGUGAAGACGUGAGUGGAGGAGUAGAGCCUCUGUCUCCGUGGGCAGGAGAGGGAGGGUACUGCAGAGCGCCGGGGUUUGAGAGGGAGGAUCAGGCAAAGCAAAGGAGUUUUGCCCUAGAGCAGCGGAACAGAGAGUUGUCAUCAACACAAAGCAAACAGGAUCUGUUAGUGUUUCUUCCUGUGGGAAGCCCAUUGAGUCUGUCCUCCAGUAUCCCCUCCAGUUUGGCUGCCACACCACCCAGUCCCGCCCCUCUUGGACCCCCAGGAUCCAGCAUUUCUUCGGGCAUGAAUGCUAACGCCCUGCCCUUCUACCCCACCAGUGAGACUGUGGAAUCAGUUGUUGAGUCCGCCUUGGAUGAUCUCGACCUGAAUGAUUUUGGUGUGUCGGCGUUGGAGAAAAGCUUGGAGAGCAGCUCUGCGCUCCCCAGUGUGGGAGUUGUUCUUGGAGGUAGCCAGUUUCAGAGUUCAGCCCCUGUCAAUAUCCCAGGAUCCUUUAGCAGCUCUGCUCCUUUUAGCUCCCCUUCACCAUCUCCACCUAUCAGGCCGCACGCUUCACCAUUCUUUUCCUCUCACCUGCCUCAACCUGGCCAAUCAGAAAGCACAUUUCUGGGACCAUCUCAUAGCUCUUUAGGUCUAAAUGGUAUGAGUACAAAUAUCUGGGAACAUUUUCCAUCAGGCCAGGGUUCCCCUAGUACACCCCCUACCCUCCUGCCCUCUGGCCCUGGUGCAGAGUCUUCGAGGCUGAAACAGGAGCUGGAGGAGGCCCACAGAGCUCUGAAGCAGUGGGGUCACAGCUGGAGACACACCGCUCAGUCGUGGGCUGCUCUGAAAGCAGACGCCGAGGAGUCCCGUGCCCAUGCAGCACGAUUAGCAAUGGAAGCAGAGAGAGCCAGACAGGCCGACGAGGAGGCACAAAGACAGGCUUCUCUGCUGCAGGAGGCGCUGGAGAGCUUAAGAAGUGGAGACAAUCCCCAUCUAGCACUGCACCAGCUGCAGCUACUGCACCGACUACCCUUGGAGUCGGUCCUCAGUUUGCAGGCUCAGCUGUGUAGCUGUUUACAUGCUGUGGAGCAGGUGGUUUACAGGAAACAGAGACAGUGCUGUGUUACAUGUGGGGAGCAGGGCUCAGUGUCCCUAUCCUGUGGUCAUGGACUACAGUGUGAGAGCUGCUCCACCUCCACAGAGUGCCCACUUUGCCCUGAACAGACCAUGGAUCAACCGCUUUCUUGACCUCACAGCCCUCUAGGACCACCACAGAUUCCAGACCAGUUCCCCCCUGAUUCCGCAAAUACCAGCCUUGGAUCUCAACCGCCGUUCAGAGUUGUGUGGAGGUCAUUUUAUAACGUGGUAACAACACUAGCACUGACCUGGUUUUUGUACUUUUAAGAUGUUUACUGAUGAGUGAUCAGUUUAAUGGGCGACAAAGUGAAAGCUUUUAAAGUGGAGUCUAGGAUGAAUAAUUUCUCCAGUGCUAGGAACACCAGUAUAUCUGACACGUUUCUGCUCUAGACCAGCAACACUGUUCUUCACCCAUUAUUCCUGAUCAAUGAAAACAGUUUGUAAAAUCUUCUCCAACUAUGAAGCAUCUAUAUCCAUAGUUAUUGAUAAUGUCUUGAUGGUAAAGGCAUAAACUAGAUGGUAAGACCACAUAUUUCUAAGUGUCAUUUAUCCAUCUGUAAGGUUUCAGGUCAUGCAGUUGUCAUUUAUUCACACUUACUGCCCAUUAAACUUAUUGCACUACAAUUUAUCACUGGCAGAAUUAUGACUAAACUUGGAGGUAGCUGAGAGGAGGAUCAGGAGAGCCACAUCUAUGUCUAGAGAGGGGCGGGGUCAGGGGUGGAGUCAAACAGAUAAUUAAUAUUUAAAGCCACAGACAGAAACAUCUCGUUCUGAGCAGGGCUGA